GAGGGAGUGAGGGGGGAGGGGAGGGGGGUCCUGAGGCGCCGCUGUCACCGCCGCCCUCCCGCCCAGGCCCGCGCAGCCCGGACCAGCCCCGUCCGCCCGCGGCGCGGCGCGGCAGGACCAUGUCGGCCACGGACGAGCGGGCCAAGGAGAUCCUCCGGGGCUUCAAGCUAAACUGGAUGAAUCUUCGGGAUGCAGAAACAGGGAAAAUCCUCUGGCAAGGAACAGAAGAUCUGUCUGUACCUGGAGUGGAGCAUGAAGCUCGAGUUCCUAAAAAAAUCCUAAAAUGCAAAGCAGUGUCCCGGGAGUUAAACUUUUCCUCAGCUGAACAAAUGGAAAAAUUCCGACUGGAACAGAAAGUUUAUUUCAAAGGGCAGUGUCUAGAAGAAUGGUUCUUUGAAUUCGGUUUUGUGAUUCCUAACUCCACAAACACUUGGCAGUCCUUGAUAGAAGCAGCACCUGAAUCACAGAUGAUGCCAGCUAAUGUUUUAACUGGCAACGUUAUUAUAGAAACCAAAUUCUAUGAUGACGACCUUCUUGUAAGCACUUCCAGAGUGAGACUUUUCUACGUUUGAGAUGGGGCUUUUUGAAGAUGUUUUAGUUUUCCUCCAUACAGUUCUUGGUGCAGAACCCCCUGACUAUCCCGUGGAAGACACUCCUGUAGGCAGUGACCCUGGGGACCAGCUCAACGUGGGUUGUGACCUCUGUCCAUCAGUUAUUUUGCUUUCUCCUGUGACAAGACCAGACCAAACCCUUAGAGACAGGACCAUCUGCUCAGCAAUGCUCUGGGGAAUAAAUACUGUCUCUGAACAUGGGAAAACGAUGGUCAUGCAGAACCAAUACUGUAAAUUAUAUUAGUCUCAUCCUUUGUACUUCUUUGGAUCCUGGUAUAAUCUCCCAUUUCCACUCGCACCAAACUCUCAAUACGUUUCAUUUUGGGGGGGAUUAAGUUAAGAUUUUAAUUUUUCUCAUGUUGUAGGUUUUUUUUUUCCUUUCACUGGAUUACCGUGUAACUGACCAUGUGUUCUCUUACCCUGAACUUGUAAAAUAGACUGUGAUAUCACCUAAUGUAAUUAAAACACCAUUUCUCAAUUAAAACAUUCCUACCAUCCAAAGAAGGGAA